AUUUAACGAAUGCUAGGAAGUCGAAGAGUUCGUUCACACGAAUCAUCACUUACUAAUAUAGAUGUUUACAAACCUAAUUCACCAGUUAGAAUUGAAUAACAUAUAGACCAUUAUCUAUUUAAAACUUAAAAAUGUUAGAUUUAACAUCAAAUAAACUAAAAAAAGUAUUGUCCAUUUUUUCAUGAUGAAACAGAUCGAAGAAGAGAUCUAAAAUAUUAUUAAUAUAAGUAAUGAAACGAUGAAAAUUAUAUUUUUAGAUGUUAAUUAUGUCCAUAAGCUGACAAUUGUCCAUAGGGUGAUGAAUGUCUAUUGUCACAUAAUAAAGUAGAGUAGGUGUAUCAUCCAAAUAGAUAUAAGACUAAAUAUUGUACUCAUAUAAAGGAUUGUGAUUAUGGAGUAUAUUGUUCAUUUGCUCAUAACGAUUAAGAAUUGAUUAUACCUGUUAAAUUAGAUGGAAUGGUAUAAGAUAAAAACUUUUGGAUGUAUUAGUACAAAACAGUUUGGUGUCCUCUUACAAUUAAGUAACAUUAUUAUCUUAAAAUAUUUAUAGUCAUGAUCGAGCAUCUUGUGUUUAUGCUCAUAAUGCUUAGGAUUUUAGAAGAGAUCCUAAGAAAUUAUAACCAAAAGAAUGUCCACAUUGGAAUAAAACUCAUUAGAUUUUAAAUUAUGAUAAAGGAGGAUGUCCAGAUUUAGAAGAUUGUUAAUAUUGUCAUGGCUGGAAAGAAUAUGAAUAUCAUCCUCUAAUUUAUAAAACUAAACCAUGUACUUAAUCUAAUUGCAUUAAGAAAUUAGGAGAAUGUGCAUUCUAUCAUUCAGACUAAGAAAAAAGGUAUCAUUUUCAGUUAAAUUUUAUAAGAAUUCGUAAAUAAUUAUAAGAUAAUUCAUGGGUUAUAGAAGAACCUAACAUACAUAUUGAAACUAGAAGAUAACCUUAUAAACCUACGUCUAAUUAUCUUGGACCUAUUAUUCCUAAUUAUAUUCCAUAAGAUUAUAUGAGUAAAGAAAAAAUGGAAAUUGGAUAACCAUUUUGUCAAUAAUCUAUUACUAAUACUAAGACAUCAGAUUCUCAUUCAAGAAGAGGCUCUGAUUUCUCAGAUGGUUCGAAAAUGUAAAAGAAAAAACAUAUUGCUUAAUAAUAAUAAUUUUAAACAUAAAAAAAACAUCGAACAGCACCUACAACUCCAGAUCAAAAAUAAUUACAUAUUAUCAAUAACAAUUAUACUUUGAAAAGUUAAUAAAAUGUUUAAACUAAUUCACAUCUUACUUAUUCAAAAAAACUUUAUGAAGAAAUUCUUAAAUUAAAUGAGGUAAUAUAAAUGUAUACAUAAUUAGGGAGAAUGUAUUUAUAAAAUUUUGUAAGGAUUUAAAAUUUCUGAAUAAAUGUUAAUGUAAAUGGGUGAUUAGUAAAUUAAAUAACUGAAUCUCAGUGAAUAAUAAAUAAUAUAACUUACUUCAGCUUUAGCUACAAUAAAAAUAGAGAAAAAAUAUGAUGAGCACUGUGGUGAUGAACUUCUUAGUUUGAUAUCAAAUUAAGGCAAAUUUUGAAAUUUUCAAUAUAC